ACUCCUAUAAAGGGCUUCCAAAUUCCAGCUCAUUUAAAGCGUCAAGAGUUUGCUCUUUUGACUUGGUAGUAUAAGCAGAGUCCGGUGCUUGAUAGCUAUGGCAGUAGUUCGUUUGCUUCUUCUUCUGAGUGUUUUGCUUUUCUCUUUCUACCAGGUCUCAUCUGAUAUCAAGAUUGGAGAAGAACUGCUUCAUCCAGACCAGGUUCUUGUGAAAGGUUCAAACAGAAGGCUUAUGCAAGAGUUAGAUUGUGGAGGGUUAUGCCAGCAGAGAUGUAGUGUCCAUUCAAGGCCAAAUCUCUGCAACAGGGCGUGUGGCACGUGCUGUGUGAGGUGCAAGUGUGUGCCACCAGGUACUUCUGGGAACAGAGAACUCUGUGGGAAAUGCUACACUGAGAUGACCACCCACGCCAACAGAACCAAAUGCCCUUGAACUCAAUAAUCCCACAUCAAAAACUUGCUCUGUGGCUUUCUCUCAGCCUCUCUAUGUAUAAUCUUUUACCACUUUGGGUCUGAAAGUCUUUUUCUUUUUUCUGUUUUUCUGUAUCUGUUUUUCUAUUUGUGUGUGUGUUUUGAUGUUAUUGUAAAACUACUCUCUUUCUCUGUAUAAAUGGUUAAUUACUAUGUGAGUUUCUAACGUUUGUCA